AUGUCCAACAGCAGCUCCAUCAGCCACUUCCUCCUGCUGGCAUUGGCAGACACGCGGCAGCUGCAGCUCCUGCACUUCUGCCUCUUGCUGGGCAUCUCCCUGGCUGCCCUCCUGGGCAACGGCCUCAUCAUCAGCGCCGUAGCCUGCGGCCACCACCUGCACACGCCCAUGUUCUUCUUCCUGCUCAACCUGGCCCUCAGCGACCUGGGCUCCAUCUGCACCACUGUCCCCAAAGCCAUGCACAAUUCCCUCUGGAACACCACCACCAUCUCCUACACAGGAUGUGCUGCUCAGGUUUUUCUGCUUAUCUUCUUCCUUGGAUCAGAGCUUGCCCUCCUGACCAUCCUGUGCUAUGACCGCUACGUGUCCAUCUGCAAACCCCUGCACUACGGGACCCUCCUGGGCAGCAGAGCUUGUGCCCACAUGGCAGCAGCUGCCUGGGCCAGUGCCUUCCUCUAUUCACUGCUGCACUCGGCCAAUACAUUUUCCCUGCCCCUGUGCCAUGGCAGUGCCCUGGGCCAGUUCUUCUGUGAAAUCCCCCAGAUCCUCAAGAUCUCCUGCUCACAAUCAAACCUUAGGGAAAUCUGGCUUCUUGCUUUUAGUUCCUGUUUAGGAUUUGGUUGUUUUGUGUUCAUUGUUUUCUCCUAUGUGCAGAUCUUCAGGGCUGUGCUGAGGAUCCCCUCUGAGCAGGGACGCCACAAAGCCUUUUCCACCUGCCUCCCUCACCUGGUUGUGGUCUCCCUGUUCCUCAGCACUGCCAUAUUUGCCCACCUGAAGCCUCCCUCCAUCUCCUCCCCAUCCCUGGAUCUGGCCCUGUCAGUUCUGUACUCAGUGGUGCCUCCAGCCCUGAACCCCCUCAUCUACAGCCUGAGGAACCAGGAGCUCAAGGCUGCAGUAUGGAGACUGAUGACUGGAUGGUUUCAGAAACAUUAA